GUACUUUUCACCACCUCAUCGUCGACAAACGCAUGCAAUUACAACACAAAGGAAACACAGAAUCUAAGCACUUACCCAUCAUGCCCCAUAUCCUCAUCCAACUCAGAUUAUCGAAUUUGAUUCUCGGCUUCUAAUUGGAGCUCAGUUUCUAGACUGAGCUACAAAGCUAUCUGCUAUAUUGAAGACUUUGAAGGUCUCAAAUCUAUAGCUAUCUUAUUCUCAAUUCCAACAUAUUUUACUUCUCUUGAAAACGUCACAUACUACCUAUCUACCAUUUUGGGCUGCAUUAACAAGCAACUCUAAUCGUCAAAGCAACUUUAUACAACAACAAAUAUACAAUCGCCAACAAGCUUCCGAUCGAGGCGAAGGACAAUCUAUGUCUGAAUCUCUUCGAAACAUCUGCUCAAACAUCACAUCAUAUCUAUCUAAAAUAUCAAAACAACUUGCACCUCUCAAAACUCAUUUUAUAUCAAUCAUUAAAAUGGCUUGCAGAGAAAAAACACAAGAGGAAGUCGACAAGACUUCCCAAACCGCCAGUGAACUUACUUCGAUGACGAUUACUAUGCCACCGCCUCCCGAGAGCUUUCCUCAAUUUUCGCAAAACGCAGCUAACGGAAUGCAAGCUGAGGAAAAUUUCGUCUCUGGCCAUCUCGCAAGCACCCCCACUCAAGAGUUUGCGAAUUUCAAUAGACAAGUUACCGCCGAUGGUAACGAGGUCGAUGAAUCGCCAAAGCAGUUUAGCGCAGUAGGAAAUGACAUUCAGAGACAAUUGGAAACCGAGUCGUCCACUGAUGCUUACGGUAACAUACUCAGGGCCAGAUCAUUUAAAAACAGGAAGGGGGACGGCAGACCUUCGUUUCAGAGGUAUCAGCAUUGCUCUACAAAGGACGUCGACAACGAUAAUCUCGAGACCGACGAUGAAGAUGAAGACAAAGAUGAAGAUGAAGACGGAGGUGAAAAUGGAGACGGAGAUGAAAACAAAGAUAAAGACAAACGAAGUAGAUCUUUGUGUAAGCGAAUUCUGCGAUUCGUCUUGAUGAUAAAAAAGAAUAAGUUGUGUAAAUCGAAGGUGUUUGGAAAUCAGGAGUCAAGCGCCUCGGGCAAUAUUCUCGGGGCUAAGUCCAACUCCAGGGUAACAGCAGCCACCUCCCAUCUGAACGAUGCGAAUAGCAACGGCGUGGCUACUAGAAACUCAGCGCAACUUGGUGAAGGCCCGGAAGAGAUGGGUAGAGGCACUAUUAUUCCUGAUGCAAAUUUCAACACUGAAGUCGUGUACUCGAAGGAGAGGCCCGAAGGAGUCAUCAAAUCUGAACCUACGUUUGGAGGUAUUGCUAUCAUACACAAGAUGUGCAGAAUGCCUCCUGAAGAGCCCAAAAUGUCAAAAUUGACGUUGAGGCGUCAACGGGUCUCUUCAUUGGCAAAGAAGAUCAAUCCUCGAAAAAGGCAGAGACAAUCUGGGAGAGACAAUGAAGCAAGAAUGUCCCUAAGACACGCCGAAGCAGAUUUGGGUGCAUUGACCAGAGAUGAAGUCAGAGAGAAUGCUGAAAGAGAGGUUGUAGAUGAUCACACAGAUAACACCGAAGAUAUCGAAAACCAGACGAAUCAAACCACACGAUCUGAAGAGAACCAUGAUGGCAUGAUGCAAACAAGCAGCAAAUCAGGCACAAAAGAUGUUGCGCAUUACAUCAAGCAAACCGCAAGCUCAAAACAAAAUUCUGGAGAGAUGAUUCUGGCCGCUGAUGCGCACGGCACCAAAGAACUCGAAGCUCAAGUCAGCCAAAUGACAAAUCCAGUUGCCAGUGUACGAACUUGCUUCAUCUCUAAAUCCAACUCUGUCAAAUCUGUUGCGCCAAUUAUAGAAGACGCGUCAAAUAAUACGGGAGGCGAGAGCGCAGCCCCAGAGAGCGUGCAAGGAUUUCAAAAUACAAGAGACCUCACUGUUUCAGACCCUGAAGCCGCGACCCUAAGAAGAACACGCAGAUCAUAUUGUUUACACGAUGAAUUUGUUCAUCCCACGGUCGUAAUUGUCAAUUUAAGCAAAAGGCCUCAUCCAACAACAGAUUUGGGAGUCCCAGAACCGUCUGCGGUUAGUAGGUCUUUAAAAACUGUCACCGGAUAUAAUCUCAUUGGCUACAACGCCGAAUUGCUUCAAUCGCACGAAAAUCUUGCCCUCAUUCCAAAAGUAAAUCGUCGCUCUGCUCAAGAUGACGAUGAUGAUAAUUUUGGAGCCCCUCUUUGUCGCACUCCUAGUCAUAAACCCUCAGCCGAAGAAACUCGCCAAACAGAGAGUGAAAUGAGCAUCGAUCCAUACCCCAAUGCAAUCCCCAUGUCGAGAGAUGCUCCCAUAAACAGGGAAAAUGAUGCAAGCGUUGACCAACAAAACAACAACGAGACCUCCUUGACAGUAGCUCUAACCCCGGAAGCAAUUCUUGAGGCUCGCAAUCUAGAGUAUUAUAUUUCAUUAAUUCCCACCCUUGAUGGAAAGUCCAAUCCAGAAGUACAACGUAUUCUUCAGGCUCUGAAGGGAUAUCCUAUCAAAAUGGGCAGCAUCUCAGAAAGUGACCUUGAAAACGAUUCGGAAGCCAGUCAAAGAUCUAACCCCGAGCCCGCAAGCCUGGAAAGUACCCUCAACAUCUCAGAAAGCAGCACGGGCGUCCAGCAACAUCUGGUCUCCAAACCGAGAGUCAACAGGAAGAUACGUCGAAUCAGACCGAGAAUCGCCAGGAAGGGACGCCCAUCAAUGAGAUUUGAAUCGUACGAUAAAGAGUUCCUGACAUCGGGAGAAAACAGCUUGACAAGCCCAACGCAACAAUGAUUAGCCGAAAGCUCCCAUUGCACAGAAUUUGGGGCAUGACUGGAAUCUAAAAAUUAAGUAAGAGGGUGAGAUCUGAUACUCAUACGAAGUGGACAAAUUGAAAUAGUCGAAACACACAAGGUAUUGGCGGGCUUUGAGAUACACGUCUAUCGUUCAUUCAUUCAAUUGUAUCUGCGAAGAAAAGUUUGCUUACAGGCCUAUCAUUUGUUUUAUUAUAUCUGCAAGGAAUUUUGAGUUAUAUGCUUGUCACUCGUCGAUCAUAUCAGCGAUAACCUUUACUUCCUAAGACUAUCAUUUAUUUUUUCAAAACAUAAGAGACUCCAAGAUAUGGCUCAUCACUCGUUUGGUCAUAUCUAUGAGUGGGAAAAAUAGAGGUACGGGUAGGAAAAUUACAUCAUCGAUAGCUGGGUAGGCAGGGAACCAUGUGUACAUCUCAGUUGUAAUUUACUAGAAUGGCA